AUGGAUAUCACACGGCAGAUGAUUAAAUAUGUCCGUGAUGGGGAAGAACUUUCCCUCUUAGAAGCUAUAAAAAAUGGAGGCAACCCCAAGGUCAUCCUUCCAGACAAAGAUAAAGAUGCAGGUGGAGGAACUCUCCUUACAUUAGCAGCUACUUGUGGUCAUCAUCAUCUGAUUUUGCCAUUGAUAGAAGCAGGAGUUUCUGUGAAUGACACUGCAAACAGAAGUCGCACUCCUCUACAUGAAGGAGCUGCUGUUGGAAAUAUUGAAGUUGUUAGAAAAUUACUCUUUGCAAAGGCUGACAUAGAGGCUGUUAGUCAGAGUGAUAAUGGAACUCGACCGUUACAUCUGGCUGUUCGUGCUGGCCAUGCUGCAGUAGUCUCUUUGCUUUUAAAGGAGGGUGCAGACAUAGAGGCUCCAGACAAGGAUGGUAAUUCUUUCAAGAUGUGUCUCUUAUAUGACUCUUCACAUAUAGGUCACUUUUAUGGUAUGAUGAAGAUAAAGUAG